CCUAGACCAUAGAGGUACUGCUUUGUAGGUCUUAUACUUUAAGUCUAGGGUGCCGCGAACACCCGCCACCCAUCAAAGCCGCGCCAAAACCCAGGAUCUGAAUUGGCUUACGGUGCACUUUGCAAACUGCAAAGAAUCGGGAGAUGUUUGCAACUGGUCCUGUGCGCGGAGCGCGGGGAGGGAAUGCAGCUGGGCAAGCUUUGAGGCGUGUGUUGGCGGGGGGGGGGUGUACUCCAGUCAGUGCAACGUGUAUGCCGCAGCAGAGCUCAGAACUUUUAGCCGGCUCCGGACAGUCCCCGGCUUAGAUCCCCAACCUGAAGCUAGCGUAGUUACGCUAGAGGAGAAAACCCGGGGAAGCUACCAGUAGCUUCCUCUUCUUUUCGCCUCCUUCGGAGCGCUGAUUCUAACACCCGAUCGCCCUCCAUCUAGUCGGGAAAGCGGGUCUCGAACCCUCAGCUACGCUGCCUCCGCCUCCUGCGCGGAUACGUAACGGGGGACCCGUGCGUAACGGCUGACGCGCUGGAAUCCUCCGUCUGACGCGGGGCACGCACGGCGCGCAGCGCCCCCUUCGUCCGCCCCGCCCCUGACGUCCCGGGAGCGUUCUAUUUUGGAACGCCGGGGCCACGUUGCUAAGGGAGGGGGCAGCUUGGCGUUCCGAUUGGUCGCCGCAGCGCAAGCUUUGGCCAAUCAACUUUCCCUUCCUAUUUGUAGGGCUCAGUUCCCUUCCCCCUCUGUGUCCCCGGAACCCGUGGUUCCUCGGCGCUAGGGUCUCUUACAGAACUCUAGGGAGAGAGCGAGGGGACUCGUGUCGCGACUAGAGCGACUUCUCUGCGAUCCAAUGGGUCUGAGAGGACCUUGCGGGGAUCUGGCCCCUCGGCUCUCAGAAGCAAGAGGUGUCUGUUUGUGUGCCGGCGUUUUUUCGGGAGAUAUGGUGCUUGUCACCUUCGUCUCCAGGCACACAGAGAAACUCUUUUAUUCCUUCUGCUCUGGACACCCGGCUCAUCUAGUGUGUCUGAAGACAAAACUAGAACCGCUAGCGGGAGGGGAACCAGGCAGGUGGUCUCCAGGAGCUCCGCCCCCCCUGAGUUCCCAGGGCGCUGAUUGGCUGGCGAGCCAGCCCGUCCCUCACCACGCCCCCCGGGAGAGUAGUUCAGCCUAAAGAGCAAUUCUAGGAUUCCACUUGCGGGUGGGUGGGCGAUGAGCGCUUCUAGGGCUUGGGGGCUCGGGUCCUACACCCUUCCCUCUCCGCGAAAGUCUGAGGGAGCCCGAUUGUCACUUUUCUGUACCUGUCCGUCUACCUUAACCUGUCUAUCACGGUCUCACUAAGGAGAGGCAGUUACUUGAAACGAUGCUCUCAACUCCUAGGCCUGUCCCCCACCACCGUUUUAACUGGGAUCCCCGCCCCUGCCCGAGACCUCUCACAGAGGGGUGUGUGUAUGUGUGUGUGUGUAGAGGAAGGCUUGGUCUAAGGCCUCUCCCUCUCCCUCCCCUUGCCUCUGGGGUGGGGGUGGGGUGUUGUGGCUGUGUGUGUGGCUGUGGCUCCAUCCCGGGGUUCUGUCACCCGGCUGUGUCCAGCCUCCUCCCCACCCCCCCACACCUAAGAGUCACCAACCCGGGGUGUGAUUCACCACCCGCUGGAACCGUGCAACCUUUCCCCGAGGAAGAAGGAGGAGGUAGAAGCCAGUUGAGCAGAAAUCCUCUCAUUAACCACUGCGUCACGGUGUAGUGGAAGGGAGUGCGCCGGUCUGGGGGAAAUGCCCGGUUCCUUCGUGCCCACGGUCACCGCGAUCACAACCAGCCAGGACCUCCAGUGGCUCGUGCAACCCACCCUCAUCUCUUCCAUGGCCCAGUCCCAGGGACAGCCACUGGCUUCCCAGCCCCCGGCAGUAGACCCCUACGACAUGCCAGGAACCAGCUACUCCACACCAGGCAUAAGUGGCUACAGCAGUGGCGGAGCUAGUGGCAGUGGCGGGCCUUCAACCAGCGGAACUACAAGCGGACCUGGGCCUGUCCGUCCAGCCCGAGCCCGGCCUAGGAGACCCCGAGAGGAAACGCUUACCCCAGAGGAAGAGGAGAAGCGAAGGGUUCGCCGGGAACGGAACAAGUUGGCAGCAGCUAAAUGUAGGAACCGGAGGAGGGAGCUGACUGACCGGCUGCAGGCGGAGACAGAUCAGCUGGAGGAAGAAAAGGCAGAACUGGAGUCGGAGAUCGCCGAGCUCCAAAAGGAGAAGGAACGUCUGGAGUUUGUGCUGGUGGCCCACAAACCGGGCUGCAAGAUCCCCUACGAAGAGGGGCCCGGGCCUGGCCCGCUGGCGGAGGUGAGAGAUUUGCCGGGGUCAGCAUCCGCUAAGGAAGAUGGUUACAGCUGGCUGCUGCCGCCCCCGCCACCACCGCCCCUGCCCUUCCAGACCAGCCAAGACGCACCCCCCAACCUGACGGCUUCUCUCUUUACACACAGUGAAGUUCAAGUCCUCGGCGACCCUUUCCCCGUUGUUAACCCUUCGUACACUUCCUCGUUUGUCCUCACCUGCCCGGAGGUCUCCGCGUUCGCCAGCGCCCAACGCACCAGCGGCAGUGACCAGCCUUCCGACCCCCUGAACUCGCCCUCCCUUCUUGCUCUGUGAACUCUUUAGACAAACAAAACAAACAGUCCCACAAGGGAGAGAGAUUUGGACGAGGAGGAGAGAGGGGAAGAGACAAAGAGGGCGUGUGGCCUCCCUGACUCUUCUGUCUGACCCUCUGCCGCCACUGCCGUCGGACAGGAGGACCUCCUUGGGUUUUGUGCGGGCCUCUUGUUUCUGUGCCCCGGCGAGGCCGGCGGGAGAGCUGGUGACUUUGGGGACAGGGGAUGGGGAGGGAAUGGAUACCCCCAGAUACCUGUUGGUCCUGUCACUUCAAUCCAACCUCUGGGGAUGGGUGGCGUGGGACAAGAGAAGGGCGCUGCGGGAGUGCGGAGGGCUGCGGGCGGGGCUGGAGCGCGCAGGGAGGCCCAACAAGGAAUCGCCACACUCCCCCUGGCCCUUCCACGCCCACCCUUGAGGGGGCUGGCCAGUCUGCUCCCCCAGCACCCCGGCCUUGGCUUAACCACCCCACGUUUCCACGAGGUUAGAGCCUCCUCUGGGCAGAUUUGAGUCCCCCUAGGGGGAAGCCAAUGGCCCCUCUGAAAACCUGCUUCCCCCCAGACCUAAUCUGAAAUGUGAACUUCUUCCUUGACCGUCCGACCGCUCCCUCCCGGUAAAACUGGCCAGGAUGGAACUUUCCGGCCUCCUGGGACCCGGACCCGGCCCCGGCCCUGCUGGUGGCCAGCCCCCUUUGCAUUGCAGUGUUGUGCCCAGCCCCUCCUCCAGCCGCCCGGCCGUCCUUGUUGGGCCUUUCUGGUUUCCGGCAGCAGGGGGCGCUGCGCCGCCGUCCUGCUGGACUGCUGUAUACUGUGAAUGAGCCGGCGAUGGGGGGCAGGCCGGGCGGGCAGAAGCCCGGCCCCCCAAAGCCUUCCUUGGGUCUCCCCUGCCCCACCGCCUCCUUCUCCCUGGGACAAUGAGUUAGAUCCAAAGGGGUGACAGAUUCGACGGGGGCUGACAGUGAUCCGUGCCCUUGGCCUCUCUCCUCAGGACCCUGGGCCGAGCCCUGGCCUUCUUGGAGGCCCUGCCUCCUUCCCCAGCCUAGGACGCCAACUUCUCCCUGCCCUCGGCGCCCCACGUCCUCCCUCUCCAGAAGGGGAGCGAGGGGCUCGGCAUUCUCGGGAGAAGUUUUAAGGGCUGAGGCUUUGGCCCCAGACCCCCAAUGUUUUGGGACUGGCCAACUUGGAGGGGCCGGGCUGCCACCCUCCCUUCCCCCGGCCCCUGCAGCCCAUCUGGGUCCGGCUCUCCCUCCCGCCUGUCCUUGUGCUUCACGUCAUGGGAAUUUCAUCGUGAGGCAAAUUUCUAUUUUUUAAUAUGGGGGGUGGCCCCGCCCCCUCCGUGCUGCAUGGACCACACAUUCCAUGGCCGACCCAUGUCCGGCCCUGGCCCAGACCCUCCCGAGCUAUUUAUCCCUUUCCUGGUUUCCGAAAGGCACUUAUAUCUAUUAUGUAUAAAUAAAUAUAUUAUAUAUGGGUGUGUGUGUGUGCGCGCGUGCGAGUGUGUGAGCGCUUCUGCAUUUACCAGCGUGCCGUGGAGUUGGACUGCUUCUGGAAACUUUGAACCCGUCUGUCUGGCUGUCUAUCAGACGUCUCCCUUCUUGUCCAGGCCCCUCUGGCUGUGCUGUCAGUCCCUGAGGGCCUUCCACAGUGUCUUCUCUCUCUGGCCAUGUCCACCUGUCCUCUUCCUGACUGUCCCUGAUCCUCCAGCUGUCUGCUGACUCUGGGUUUGUUGGGGACAUGAGAUUUCAUUUUUGUGAGUAAGCUGAGGGAUGUUAGAUUUGUACGAUCUGUAUCAUUGAGAAUUCUGGGUGCGAGUGUGAGACUUUGUGCGGGGCCUGCCCCUGCCAAUCACAAUUUAUUGACUCCCCAACCCCCACUCCAUGCUGUAUUUGUGGAUCUUUUGUAUUUUGCACCUGACCCGGGGGGCUGGGGCAGGCUGGCACUGGACUGCUCCCCUCCCCCUUUGGUUCUGCACUGUCGCCAAUAAAAAUCUCUUAAAAAUGCAUGCA